CGUGCGCCUGCGCCUUGGCAGGCUCUGCGCAGGCGUAUUUCCAACGCCUGGGAGGAGAGGGCGGGGUGUCGUUCCCUUUAGCUGAUGCAAGAGCCUAGUGCGGUGGUAGGAGCAGUGUCGGUAGGAGCAGUGCAGCCCGCGGGGCCUGGGGCUGACCCGUCCGACUUCCCGUCCGUGCCGAGCCCACUCGAGCCGCAGCCAUGUCCGGGGACGAGAUGAUUUUUGAUCCUACUAUGAGCAAGAAGAAAAAGAAGAAGAAGAAGCCUUUUAUGUUAGAUGAGGAAGGGGAUGCCCAGACAGAAGAAACCCAGUCCUCAGAAACAAAAGAAGUAGAACCAGAGCCAACUGAGGAUAAAGAUGUAGAAGCCGAUGAAGAGGACAGUAGGAAAAAGGAUGCUUCUGAUGAUUUAGAUGACUUGAACUUCUUUAAUCAGAAGAAAAAGAAGAAAAAAACAAAAAAGAUAUUUGAUAUUGAUGAAGCUGAAGAAGGUGUAAAGGAUCUUAAGAUUGAAAGUGAUAUUCAAGAACCAGCUGAACCAGAGGAUGACCUUGACAUUAUGCUUGGCAAUAAAAAGAAGAAAAAGAAGAAUGUUAAGUUCCCAGAUGAGGAUGAAAUAUUAGAGAAAGAUGAAGCUUUAGAAGAUGAAGACAGCAAAAAAGAUGAUGGUAUCUCAUUCAGUAACCAGACAGGUCCUGCUUGGGCGGGCUCAGAAAGAGACUACACAUAUGAGGAGCUACUGAAUAGAGUAUUCAACAUUAUGAGGGAAAAGAAUCCAGAUAUGGUUGCUGGAGAGAAAAGGAAAUUUGUCAUGAAACCUCCACAGGUCGUCCGAGUAGGAACAAAGAAAACUUCUUUUGUCAACUUUACAGAUAUCUGUAAACUAUUACAUCGUCAGCCCAAACAUCUCCUUGCAUUUUUAUUGGCUGAAUUGGGUACAAGUGGUUCUAUAGAUGGUAAUAAUCAACUUGUAAUCAAAGGAAGAUUCCAACAGAAACAGAUAGAAAAUGUUUUGAGAAGAUAUAUCAAGGAAUACGUUACCUGUCACACGUGCCGAUCACCGGACACAAUCCUGCAAAAGGACACCCGACUCUAUUUCUUACAGUGCGAAACUUGUCAUUCUCGAUGCUCUGUUGCCAGCAUCAAAACCGGCUUCCAGGCUGUCACAGGCAAGCGAGCACAGCUCCGUGCCAAAGCUAACUAAUUGGCUGGCCACCACUGAUUUUGCAAAGUGUGUUGUGGAGAUUUGGCUGGACAGGUUUACCAUCAGAGUGGACCUACCACUGUAUUAAAAAACAAGAUAGAAAAGCUUGCCAGGUUCUUUGGCGUGUGGCUGGUUGGUCUGAAAUCCUUGCAAGAUGCCAAUGCUCAAGCUGUUGACAUACUCAUUGCCUACUUUAACAACUGUCAGAAAAAUGUGAUGGGGUAAGGCGGUGCUUUUUUAAAAUCGUUCAUAGACUUAUGUAAAAUGCAAGAUAAAUUAAAGUUAUUAUAACAGUGA